AUGCAGACGUUCGCUCUCCUCCUCGCCGCCCAGGCCCUAGUCGCUUCUGCGGGUCUCAUUGAGCGUCAGAGCUGCCCCAGUAUCCACGUUUUCGGCGCCCGUGAAACCACCGUCGGGCCCGGCUAUGGCUCGGCCGGCACCGUUGUCAACCUCAUCCUGAACGCGUACCCCGGCUCGACUGCCGAGGCCAUCGUGUACCCAGCGUGCGGCGGCCAGAGCUCCUGCGGCGGCAUCAGCUACGGCAACUCGGCCAUGCAGGGCACCAACGCUGUCGCCUCGGCUGUCAACAGCUUCAACCAGAGGUGCCCGAACACGCAGAUUGUUCUCGUCGGGUACUCCCAGGGCGGCCAGAUCAUGGACAAUGCCCUGUGCGGCGGCGGCGACCCGGGCUCCGGCAUCACCAACACGGCCGUGCCCCUGACUGCGAGUGCCGUCACUGCCGUCAAGGCUGCCAUCCUCAUGGGCAGCCCACGGUACCGAGCUGGGUUCUCGUACAACGUCGGCACCUGCACGGCGCAAGGGUUCGCCGCGCGUCCUGCCGGCUUCGUCUGUCCCUCGGGCAGCAAGAUCCAGAACUACUGCGACUCGCCCGACCCGUACUGCUGCACCGGCAACAACCAGGCCGUUCACCAGGGAUACGGCGGCGUCUACGGCCAGGCGGCACUGACAUUUGUGCGAAGCAAGCUGAACUCCGGGGGGAGCCCACCCACGACGCCCCCGACCACACCCCCGACCACACCUCCUACGAUGCCUCCCACGACGCCCCCGCCCUCAGGCAGCUGCGCAGCGCUUUACGGGCAGUGCGGUGGUCAGGGCUGGAACGGAGCAAAGUGCUGCUCGCAGGGUACGUGCAGGGCCUCGAACCAGUGGUACUCACAGUGUCUGUAA